UUCGUCCCCUUUCUGCGCCUCGUGUGCAUCCAAUCCGCGAUAGGCGCAUUUCGAUUCGAGCUGGCCUUUGAGGCGCAUUGUUCCUGUCGGUUGGCGCAGAUCGCUUGCUUUCGUCGGCUCGAGGGCCUUUGCUUGCAUCUUGACGAUCUUGGUUCCUGAUCUGGAGUGAGAGCAGCCCGCAACGAUGGACGCCUCCGCCGUUGUUCAGAAGGUGAUGGAGGAGCAAGUGGUGCGGGUGGCGAAAGCCGUGGAGGAGCAAUUGGAUGAUCAGAUCGCGAAGUUGGACAAUUUGAACGACGACGAUCUCGAGAAGUUGAGAGAGCGGCGGUUACGGCAGUACAAGCAGCAGGCUGAGAAGAAGAAGCAGUGGGCCGCCCUGGGCCACGGAGAGUACCAGGAUGUGACCGUCGAGAAGGAAUUCUUCAGCAUUGUCAAAGCGAGCGAACGAGUUGUCGCUCAUUUCUACCGUGAAAACUGGCCGUGCAAGGUUGUGGACAAACACCUCAAUAUAUUGGCCAAGCAGCAUCUGGAGACCAGGUUCAUCAGGCUUAAUGCUGAGAAAAGUCCUUUUCUGACUGAAAGAUUAAAAAUUUUCAUGCUCCCAACACUGGCCCUCGUGAAGAAUGGCAAAGUCGAGGACUACGUGGUUGGCUUCGACGAACUAGGUGGUUCUGAUGAUUUCAGCACUGAAGAAUUGGAGGACAGAUUAGCCAAAGCCGGCGUGAUCACGCUUGAAGAUGGCCCCAAGCCUCAGUUGAGAGCUGGGGCGUCACAGUCAAAGAGAAGUGUGAGGCAAGGCGGUGCCUCAACAAGAGACGAUGACACUGAUGAAGAUUAAGCACUUCAUUGGGAAUUGAGAAACAUUGAGAAGCAGAUUGUGGACCACAGACCUGUGUUUCAUACUCCUCCAGUAACACGAAAGAGGUUGAGAAGGUACUUACCACAUCAGCUGGUGCGUAUCUCACACACCAGGGAUAUGUGCGUGAUGAAGGUGAUUAUGUCAUCGGAGUUCAUCAGCCAGCUCUUCGGUAUCCUUUGACUCCUUUUGAUCACUAUCUUGCGAGACGAGGCCAUUUUCUCACGUAGUAAAGACCUUGGGGCGAGAUGAAAACUAUGUUUGGUCUCCAAGAGGGUCCUUCAGGUUUCGAAUCAGUUGGAUCAUUGGGUGCGUCGAGGAUAGCCCAAGAUUCUUGAGGAGGAGAGAAGUGAUGCUGCCGAUUAGUGUUGUUAAGAAUGAAGCAGCUGAAGUGGAGAGUAAAAUUCAGUCCAGCCCGACAAUUUAGUCACCGACAGCUUGUACAAAUUGUACGUUCUAUUGUUAUCAUAAUGUCAGAAUCUUCUGUUACUCGUCUUAUUGCUGUAUUCACCAUGCGUCCUCCUAUGGACUGGUUCAACUUGUCUCUGAUAAGAGUAUCAAAAUAGGCGCAGCCUGUAUCGCCCUCUGCACAGUCCUUGAAAUUUUUCGCCGUGUACUGAGCUGUGACGAGUAGACUUGGGUAGAAAACAUUAUCAUUGGAGUAUUUGAGGACUUCGGUCAAUCUCGUCUCCAACUUACACGACUCUGUCACUGCGCUGAGUUUGCAACGUUCACGGUAUGGAAGAACCAAGAGGAAAUUGUGUACAAGUCUACUGUGGAGAUGACUCCUCA